AUGAAGUUUUCUCAUUCAAUACAAUUUAACGCAGUUCCUGAUUGGGCUGACCAUUACAUUGCAUAUUCAAAUUUAAAAAAGCUUGUUUAUCAACUUGAAAAAGAUAUAAUUGUAACUUCGACUUCAACUGACACUGAAGCUGGAAUAACUGAACAAUCACCUUUAUUAGUUGGUAAAACCAAAACCAAUCCAAUAUUCACACUAGCACUAGAUAAAGAAUUAGCAAAAAUAAACACGUUCUAUUGUAAUAAAGAAAAGGAACUUUACGAAAAUGUUGAUAAACUUAUUGGUGAAGCUGCAUGUAUAGAAAAUCUUGAAGAUAGUGCAAGUGUUAAUCUCAAUAAUCUAAGUAGAUCUUAUGCAUCAACUGAUGGCUCGCAGUCUUCAUAUAUUCAUGGUCGGGAGGUCUCCUCACAUCAUCAAAGAAAAAGUUUUCAACAAUCCAGAAGAAAUCGAUCUGUUUCCGAUGCAACUGGCUCAUUUAUUAGUAGUGAUGAUGUAGGGGAGGGGGAAAUUUGUGAUGAACCUGGUCGUAUAAGGUUUUCAGUUGAUGGUGAUAAUGAUAAUAAUGGUGGUAAUCGUAGAGCUUCUUUUGAUGAUCGCAGAGUUUCUUUUUUAUGGGGACCACCAACUGUUGAAGAACAAAAAAUAGCUUUUAAAAGACAUGUUAUUGAACUUUUUGUACAUCUAUCUGAACUAAAAUCAUUCGUGUCACUUAAUGAGACAGGGUUUUCAAAAAUAUUGAAGAAAUACGAGAAAAUUAUUGGGUGUAAGUUAAAAUUUCACUAUUUAACAAAUGUUGUCAAUGAGUCUUAUGCAUUCAAGAGAUCGACACGUGAAAGGCUCGAGUCAGAAAUUCUUAGAGUACAAGAAAUCUAUUCAAACUUCUAUACAAAUGCUGAUAGAGAGGCUGCCAUCAAUGAACUUAAAACUCAUCUGAGAGAAUUUAUUGUUAAAACAAGUUUAGGGAUCGAUACUUUUUCACGGAAGGAUGAAAGAAAAGAUAAAAUAAAUAAAUUAAAAGUUCAUGAAGAAGUGAAGGAUGCAGCAUUAUAUUCAGGGUCAUAG